AUGCCUAUUUCUAAUUAUCCUUAUUAUUGUCAUGAGCAGAUCCAAAUACCACCAGCUCUUCCAGACAUUUUGAAGCAAUUCACCAAAGCAGCCAUCAGAACCCAACCUAAAGACGUUCUCAAGUGGUCUUAUGCAUAUUUUAAAGCAAUGGCACAAAGUGAAAUACCACCAGUUAAAGAAAGACUUGAGUUUCCAAUAAGUACGCAAAAAACGGACUCGGGUUUAACGCCGGGAAUUCUAAAAAUUCUAAAUAACCAGCUUGCAUCAAUGAAAAUCGUAUCGUUAUCCGUCAUUGAAGAAAAAUGGAAAGAUUUGUCGUUGCCAGUUGAAAGAUUUCAAGAAAUUUGUCGCAUAGGAAAUUUCGUAAAUAUCUGUGAAUGGAGGUGGUUUUUAGCACUUGCUGCUUCUGACUUAUGUGCCACAUUAUCAGAAACCUUGAAAUUGAUAUGUGAACUUUUAACGGCAGAUCCUGAAGGUGGGGCAGCUAGAUUACCAUUUGAACAAUGGUUAGAAUUCUAUCGUUAUCUUGCAAAAAUCGAUGAUAUACCAGACGAACAUAUUAAUAAAGUAUUAGCCCAUUUAAGUUUUGAUAUUGCAACUCAAAAUGGUGCAAUUGCACCUCGUAAUUUUAUGCAUAAAAAUUGUCCAAAAUUAAAUCCAAGCGAAGGAGUAAAUGUACUCGCUUUUACAGAAUCAACCGUUGAAGACUAA